GUGAAUUUAAAAGGAUGAAAUUAUUUUUAAACUUUCAAAAUAUUCAAAAGUAUAGAACAAAUGUACGUACAUAAAAGAAAACGCAACGAUAUUCAACACUCAAAAAUAAAAUAUUAUUUGAAUUUUUAAAAAAUUAGUAAAGAAAAAAUAAAAUUAGCAUAAAUGUCGCCGAAAUCAGUAUUUCCAAAAUUAUUUAAAACAACAAAAACUGAUGACAAUUUUAUUUAUAUUUGAAAUUAAAACAAUCAAAAACCAAUUAAAAUUUGGAAAAUAAAAUCAUCGUUUAUAAAGUUUUUUUUUUUUUUUGAAAAAUAUCAGACAUUAUAAGUGAAAAAAGGCAAUUAAAGCGCAACAUAUAAUUACGUAAAUCACUUUUGUCAUGGACCAUGCCGUAAAAGCAACCAGAGGACGACCAUGGAAUACAUUACGAUUCGAAAACGACGAAUUAGAAUGUUUAUAUCAACGUUACACAUUAAAAUUACAGAGAUUUUCUGUAAUCGGUGUUGUAGCACUGGUAGUCGUUUUAUGUGGCGUUAUGGCUGCACUUAGUCUUAUUUAUAAUCAUAGUCCAACAUUGCAUAAUGUCUUCAAUUCCGUUAUGUGCCUCCUAUUUGCUAUUAUAUUAGCUUUAUUGCAAUGUCGUGUCAUCAAGGAUCAUCAUCUUCCGUUUUUAUGUUAUGGUAUAUUAUUUUUUACCGCUUGUAUUUGUUUUGUUUCAAUGCCAACAGUUGGCAGCAUAUUCCCAGUGGAUACAAAAGAGGUUAUGGCUGAAGGUGUAUGGCAAAUAGUUUUUGUAGUAUUCUUAGCGUAUGCAAUGAUGCCACUUCAAAUAUGGGAGGCUGUGUGUUUUGGUAUUAUAUUACCUUCGGUGCAUGUUGGUUUAACUGCAUAUAAAAUUUUCACGGAUACAUUUCAAUAUCUAGAAUACAAUCAGUUGAUUGCUAAUAUUGUUAUGUUUAUUGGUGUUAAUGUUGCUGGUGUUGUUGUUAAUAUUAUGAUGGAACGUGCACAACGUCGUGCAUUUUUAGAUACAAGAAAUUGUAUUGCAUCUCGUUUAGAAAUUCAAGAUGAAAAUGAAAAAUUGGAAAGACUUUUAUUGUCCGUACUACCUCAGCAUGUUGCAAUGCAAAUGAAAAAUGAUAUUUUAUCACCAGUUGCUGGUCAAUUUCAUAGGAUAUAUAUACAAAAGCAUGAAAAUGUUAGUAUUUUAUUUGCUGAUAUUGUAGGCUUUACUGUGUUAGCAUCACAGUGUAGUGCACAGGAACUAGUAAGACUGUUAAAUGAAUUAUUUGGAAGAUUUGAUCAAUUAGCACAUGAUAAUCAUUGCUUAAGAAUAAAAAUAUUGGGAGAUUGUUAUUAUUGUGUGUCAGGACUUCCGGAACCUAGAAAAGAUCAUGCAAAAUGUGCUGUUGAAAUGGGUUUAGAUAUGAUCGAUGCAAUAGCUACUGUUGUUGAAGCAACCGAUGUAAUACUUAAUAUGCGUGUUGGUAUACAUACUGGACGUGUUUUAUGUGGUGUUUUAGGUCUUCGUAAAUGGCAAUUCGAUGUAUGGUCAAAUGAUGUUACAUUAGCUAAUCAUAUGGAAUCUGGUGGUGAACCAGGACGUGUUCAUGUUACACGUGCCACAUUAGAUUCAUUAUCAGGUGAAUAUGAAGUUGAAGCGGGCCAUGGUGACCAAAGAUCAUCGUACUUAAGAGAUCAUGGUGUUGAUACUUAUUUUAUUGUUCCUCCUCCCCACCGCAGAAAGCCACUUAUGCUGAAUACACUUGGAGUACGUUCAGCUUUGGGUAGCCGUAGAAAAUUAUCAUUCCGGAAUGUCUCAAAUGUUGUGAUGCAAUUAUUACAUACAAUAAAAUUUUCAGAGCCUGUACCAUUUUCUAAUAUGGCUACCGGUUCAUAUCCAUCAUCAGCUGGUAGUGCUAGUGGUACAGCAGCUACUGGAGACAAAGGAUCAAGAAAGCGGGGUAGUAGAAUUAGUGAAAGAAGUAUAGAACGUCGUUUUGCUACUUGCUGUUCAUCUUGUUGGAACAAAGUAACCGAUAAAUUCAAAAGACCAUUUAGAAAACGUCAUUCAAGCGUUCAUCAUCAACCGACAAAUCGUGUUAAUCGUUUCCUAUCACAAGCAAUUAAUGCUCGUUCAGUUGAUCGUGAAAAAUCAGCUCAUGUUGAUCGUAUUACAUUACGAUUUCGUGAAAGUGAUAAAGAACGGGAAUAUCGUAAAGAUUUUGAUUUAGGCUUUACAACAGCAAUGGUAUGCAGCUUAAUUUUAUUGAUAUUAGGUGCAGCGUUACAAGUAUCAGCACUUCCAAGAACUUUGAUAUUAUUAUUACUCUUUUUAACUGCAUUCAUAUGGGUCAGUUCAAUUUUAAUGCUCUUAUUGGCUGUUCGCUUAAAAUGGAUUGCAUGGGAUUUAUCAGAAAGUUUUUCAUUAAGAUUAGCAAUUACAGUAUUUACAAUUGUAUUAUUAUAUUCUGUUGGCCAAGUAAAUGUGUUUACAUGUGUAUCAGAUCAUCCUAAAACAUGCAAUUCAAGUGUGUCAAAUUUAGAUGAAGAAUAUUAUGGUCAUAGAAAAUGCUCUCUUCCACAAUAUGUUUCCUUAUCAGCUGCAUUUGCUUUUCUAUCUGUUUCGGUGUUUUUAAGGUUACCAAUAAUAAUAAAGACCCUUUUAGUUCUAUUAAUGGGGACAAUUUACGCAUUAUACAUUGAAUUAUCACAUGCCAAUAUAUUCGAAUGCUACGAUACUCGUGUAAACUCACCGAUACCAUUACAUUUGAUAUCAAUGGCAAGAAUUGUUAUUUUUAUGAUUGCAAUACUUGUUCACGGACGUUUAGUUGAAUGGACAGCUCGAUUGGAUUUUUUAUGGCAAUUGCAAGCAUCACAAGAGAAAAAGGAAAUGGAUGUUUUACAGGAAUCAAAUAAAAGAAUACUACAUAAUUUAUUACCGGCUCAUGUUGCAGCACAUUUCCUCGAUAAUCAAUUUCGUAGCAAUAUGGGUAAUCUAUCACAGGAAUUAUAUCAUCAAAGUUAUGCUAAAGUUGGUGUUAUAUUUGCAUCAGUACCAAAUUUUCAUGAAUUUUAUACUGAAUUAGAUGGGUCAGAUCAAGGAUUAGAAUGUUUAAGACUUUUAAAUGAAAUAAUCGCUGAUUUUGAUGAGUUAUUGAAAGAAGAACGUUUUCAUGGAAUAGAUAAAAUCAAAACCGUCGGUAGCACAUAUAUGGCAGCUGUAGGUUUAAUACCAGAUUAUAAAAUGAAUCCGAAUGAUCACAACUCUAUAAGACGUCAGAUGACCGCAUUAAUUGAAUAUGUGAAGGCAAUGCGAGUUUCUUUACAAGAAAUUAAUGAUCAUUCAUACAAUAACUUUUUAUUAAGAAUAGGGAUUAAUGUUGGUCCUGUUGUAGCUGGUGUUAUAGGUGCAAGAAAACCACAAUAUGAUAUUUGGGGUAAUACUGUUAACGUAGCAAGUCGUAUGGACUCUACAGGAAUAGCUGGUUAUACUCAAGUUACACAAGAAGUUGUUGAUAGCUUGCAGGGAUCUCAUUUUGAAUUUCGAUGUCGUGGCCAAAUUAAAGUUAAAGGAAAAGGUGAUAUGAUAACAUAUUUUCUAAUAGAACAACAAAAUAAUGCAUUAAAUGGUGAAGUACGUAAUGCAAUGUUAGGUAAUAGAUCACAACAACCACAGAAUCUUCAAAAUAAUUACUUACAACAGCAACAACAACCGCAAACAACAACUACACAACAACAACCACCUCAAAUACAACAGACAUCACAUCAAAUGCAUCCAGCUGAAUAUUAUCAAAAACAAUCACAAUUUAAUGAAAAGAAUUAUUUACCAAAUAUUAAUAACGAAAAUUAUAAUAAUAAAAAAGAUAAUUAUAAUUAUGUAGAUAAUUCAAAUAAUGUUUUUAAUAAACAACACCAUCAACAGCAACAACAACCACAACAAUAUAUUGAUGAUCGUUGCAAAUAUAAUAAACAAAAUUUAAAUAAUCGUGAAAUAAUGAAUCGAGAAGCUAAUCAAAAUUAUUAUAAAAGAGAUUUAAUUUACAACAAUAGCACAAAUAAUGGUAGUAAUGGUAUUAAUUUUCCAUCACAGAUACCAGCAAAUUUAAAUAGUGGUAAUAAUGGUGGCAUUCUAUCACCACAACAACAAUUAAUUGCCUCAAAUGCUAUAUUAACAAAAUCAAAUUUCAAUAUAACAGAAAAUCCUAGUAUUAUUAAUGGUGACAACUAUAACAUUAGAGAAAAUUAUGGACAAAUUGAAAAUUAUAAUAAUUUAAUGAGAAGAGAACAUUUAAAUAUUAGAAAUCAAUUUAAUAAUAAUUAUAAUUCAUGCCGUGAAAACGAACCAUUAUUGCAUUCCGCCCCUAUUGCAAAAAUAAUACCACGUCAACAAAAUCCACCAAAAUAUGAACCACCUCGUUAUACAUGUUCAUCAUCACCAAUGCCAUUAUUACAGCAGCAGCACAUCCAACAUCAAGAACAAUUACCGCAAUAUCCACAACAAAUUCCUACACAAAUGCCACAAAAACUAAUUCUACAGCAACUCCAGCAGCAACAACAACCACACAUGAUUCAGAGCUCAAAUAUUCGUAGCAAUACACCAGUUCUUCGAAGCUAUAUGAAACCAUUACCAAAAUUGCCACCAGAUAUUGAAGAAACUCGUGAAAUGUCAUCGACUGAUGAUUUAAGUUCACGUGCCCAUUCGCCAAGUAUGAGUUCAUCAGAUGAAAGUUAUUCAAAAACAACUGAAGGUGAAGGUGAAGAUGAUAACUCUCCUCGAUUAAUGGGCGGACCAUUAACCAAAAACAUAAACCCGUUACAAUGGUUAUAUCCAUGUGAUAUUCAAGUUGAUCCUACAUCACCAAAAUUAAGCCCUGGUGACAUAUCAAAUUUAAAAGACUUUGAAGCCAGUUCAACAACAGAAAGCCAAGGUCAAACGGCAACAACACAUAAUAAAGGUGAUUCAUGCAAUAGUUUUGAAUAUCAUCAUGACAGACUGAAUGGUGGAGGUAAUGGUGGUAACUGUAGUAAUGGUGCUAUGGGAAUUAUAAAUGCUAUUGGACAUGGUAAUGGUGCUAAUAGUGGUAAUGGAAGUAGUCAAUUAGCAGCGAAAUCGCCAUUUGAACGAGAAAUUCAAAGACUUUUAAAUGAGUCAAGUCGAAAUCACUUUAAUAAUAGUUCAUCAAAUGGUCAUAUAGCACAACAAUUACAACAGCAACAGCAGCAGCAAAUGAAUAGUCGAAAUAAUAUAGAAUUAAGUUAUACAAGUAGCAAUAAUAUGUUAGGAUCCAAUAAUAAUAAUAAGACUAAUAAAUAUGAAUUAGAAUCGAUUGAUAAAGGUUCAAAAAUGGCCAUUAGUACAAGCUUUAUGAUUGCUAAACAUCCGGUUGGAUUAGAAGCAAUCAAAGAAAUAACUAGAAAUAAGAAUCCUUCAGAAUCAAGCCAAAUGCAAACAUCCGAUACCGAAUCAUGUGAAAUACUACACGAAAAUCGAAAUCCAAUGAGUUUACAAAUGCUUGACCUAGCCGCUACAAACAAAUCAAAUACCAAAGAUCAUAAUCAAUAUCAUCAUCAGCAUCAUCAUCGUCAUCAUCAUCGUCAACAUCAUAUAGAUGAAAGUGGGAAUCGUUUGAGACGCUGCCAAUCCAGUGAAUGCGAAAAUAGUCGUGAAAGUUUAGACGUUAAUGGAGAACGUGAUGAUACUGAAGAUAAUUUAGAUGAUGUUGAAUUUGAUGAAGAUGAUGAAGCUGGUAGAGAUCGUAAACAUAGAUUAGGUAGUAAUGAUGAUGGUGUUGUGGGUGGUGGUGGCACAACAACAGAUGGUGACGCUGAUGAUGAUGGUGAAGAUGAUGAAGAUGAUGGCAAUGAAGAAAAAAAUCGUUUACAUUUAAAUGAUAGACAUGAUGAUAAUGUGAUAAAUGAUGAAUUAAAAUUCGGUGCUGGACACCAUCAUCAAUCGAUGGAUUCAAAUCCAGUUGAAAGUCAAUCAGAAUGGUCUGAUGAUGAUUGUAGGGAAGAAGCUACUGGUGGUGCUGAAUCAACUGGUUAUAUUACUGAUGAACCGGGUCUUGAAAAUAUAUCACUUUUAAAUGAGGCUGGUCUAACGGAUGCUGAAGGUGCUCUCUCUGAUGUUAAUUCUCUCUAUAAUGCUCCAGAUGUUGAUGAUACAUCAAUAUCGAGUCGUGCUAGUUCACGUUUAUUAAGUUUAGAUUCUUUAAGUGGUCUGUACGAUUGUGAAUUAGAUUCUAAGCAUGAAAUGGCUAUUGUGAAUGUUUCUCAUAAAAUUACAAGUAAAUUUGGUCCACCAAGUUAAGAUAUAAACAUAAAAUAUUGGAAAAUUAAAAAAAUGAAAAUAAAAUAAAUAAUAAUAUGAGAAAAUCAAUUUUGCAAAAUUACUUAAACUAUUGUGAAUAAAAUUGUAAAAUAUUAUAAAAUAUACAUAUAUAUAUAUAUAAAAAUUAAAAUAAAUAAAUUUAAGUAUAAAUGAUAAUGAAAGAAAACACAAUUAAAUACAUACUGAAAAUUUAACAUGUGACUUAAAAAUAACAAGAGCAACUUUAAGUAAACAAAAAUUACAAUUUACAAUUUAAAUAUAACAAUAUAAACAAAAUUAAAUGUUUACAUUUUGAUUAAAAUUAUAUAAUUUCAUAACAUCUUAAAAAAAUUAAAUAAAUUAAUGAAUUUUUAGUUAAUAUGAACCUGUAAAAACAUAAAGUUAAUAAAUGUGGUUUCAGUCGCAAUUCCAACGAGUUUUUUUGUUUUUCUUUAAAAAAUUUUUCAAAAUGUUGUAAAAAUUUACUAUAACAGAAAAAUUGGUGAAAUUAAAUAUUUUUUUAAUCCUAAUGUAAGCAUAAAGUUAAAUUAAAAUACUUAAAAACAAAAAGGAAAAAUGUAUUAAUUUCUACUUAUAUAUUAAAAAUAAUAAUAGUUAGCGCCCAUUUUUUAUUUUUAAAUGUUGGUACUUUAAGGUAAUUUCAAAAAGAAAAAAAAAUAUAAUUUUUUUAUUAUUGUAAUUAAUGGUGUACUAUAAAAGAAAUUAUUUAUUAAGUUUUUUUUUUAAUUGAUUAUACAAUGUAAUUUUAUAAAAAAAAAAUAAAAUGUUUUUUUUUUUUAAUAAAAAUUGAGGAAAAUAAUUAAAUUGGCAUUAGAUAUUUGUACUUGACAUAAUUUAUGUAAUUUAAUUAAUAUUCCAAAUUUUGAAAAAAUUCACACACAACUAAAAAAUGCUAACUAAACUAAAAUAUACUUACUAGGGUCAAUUUUCGUAUAGAAAAUUUAUAGAAUAUUUGCCUGGUUUUUCAAUCUUAUUUCCUAGAUUUACAAAAGUAAAUUAUUAAUUUUAGUUUUUGAGGAAAAUUUGUUCGUAUAACGAAUAUCUUUGCUUGUCAUUUUUAAAAAAAUAUUUCGAUAAUUAAAUAUUAAUAGCUAUAGUAAAAGUAUAACAGACAAAAUCAAUUAGAAAGUAAAAACCUAGAAUAGUCCUUCCAUUAAAGAAUCUUAAAUGCGGCUGUUAUAUUGAUCACAUUCAAUUAAAAGUUUAAAAAAACGAGCCUUUUGAAAUAUACUAUUAACUUAAUUUGUUAUACUUGAAUAUACUUUAUAAAUUUUUUACAUUUCAACAUUUUCUGCUAUUAUAAAAUUUGUUAUUUCAAUUAGUUUUUACACUGAAAGUACAUACCUAUAUCACAAAUAAAAAUCGUGUAAAAUUACUAUAAUUACAUAAGUAAAAUUAUUAAUAUUGCACAGAAAUGAAACAUUGAAGUGUAAUUAAUAGCAACUUCAUCUUAGUUUAUAUAUCAAUUUAUUUAUUUUUUUAAGUUUUUAAAUACAAAAAAAAAUGUAAAUUCUGUUUCAUAUCUUCAUACCUUAAAUAAGAAGAUUUACCCAAAAAUUUAUCAAAUAUGCUUUUAUAAUUUUUUUUUUUUGAUAUAACCACUUGAAAAUUCUCGAUUACUAAAUUAUUGACCUUUUAAAACACCAUCCGAUAUUUUAAAUUUUCCAUUUAAAAAUUUUAUUUUAAAUAUCAAUUCAAAUUGCCAGUAUACUCACGUAAUAUAUGCCCGUAAUACUAAUAAAAUGAUAAAAAUGUAAAUUUGGGUAAAUAAGAAAAACAAGCCGUUGGGAAAUGGAAAGCAAGUUUCAAUUAAAACUAGAGUACAGUAUAAUAAACGUGUGUGUUUUAGUAUAUAUUUAAAAUAUUUUUAUGUCAAGAGUAAGUACGAAUUUUUAUUUUUUUCACUACAAUAUUUACGACAUUAUUUUUUACAAAAAUGUCUUUACUAAUUUUUGUGUUAGUUUUAAACUAACUUUAAAAAAAUCCUAAAAAACUUUUUUUUUAAUAUUCUUUUUUCAAAAUUCAAAAGAAAGCAACACCUAUUUAAUAAAAUAAAAAAAAAUUUAAUAAAACAAGGUAAAAAAUGUUAAAA